AUGACAGAUUGUAUAGAAUUACAAUCGGGAACCAAAAUCUCAAAAGAAUCUCGUAUAACAGAUAUAAAAGCAAUCAAACUAUCAUCAAAUAUAACAAUAUGCUCAAACGUUACCAUAAACAACACAGAUCAAAAUCAAGUUCAAAUUGGUAAAUAUACAUUUAUUAAACCAAAUACUGAAAUCAAGACUCCAAUUCAUAUAGGAGCAUUCGUUUUAAUUGGAUCAAACUGUGUAGCGGAGUCGAAAAUUAUAGGUAAUAGAGUAAUAGUCGAAGAUAAUGUUCAUUUACAAUCAGGUUCAAUAAUAUACGAAUGUUGUAUUGUAAAAAAAGAUACAAUAAUUCCACCAAAAUAUAUCGUACCCCCAUUUACUGAAGUUAGUGGUGUUCCUGGUAAGAAUUUCACUUCAAGAUCUUUGAAUUUUAGUUAUAAACAAGAAAUAGAAUCAGAAAUUAGAAAAUUAAAUUUAUUAGGUAUAUCAUAA